CCAAAAUUUCGCGCCAAACUGGCGGGUAAUCCCCGUGUCAGUGUGAUGUGCUAGCUCGGAAGUGUUUUCUGCAGCUAUCAUGGUUCGUCCGCUAAACUGCAUCGUCGCUGUGUCCCAGAACAUGGGCAUCGGCAAGAACGGGGACUUGCCCUGGCCCCCGCUCAGGAAUGAAUACAGGUAUUUCCAAAGAAUGACCACAACCUCUUCAGUAGAAGGUAAACAGAAUUUGGUGAUUAUGGGUAGGAAAACCUGGUUCUCCAUUCCAGACAAGAAUCGACCUUUAAAGGACAGAAUUAAUAUAGUUCUCAGUAGAGAACUCAAGGAACCUCCACAGGGAGCUCAUUUUCUUGCCAAAAGUCUGGAUGGUGCCUUAAAACUUAUUGAACAACCAGAAUUAACAAAUACAGUGGACAUGGUCUGGAUAGUGGGAGGCAGUUCUGUUUAUAAGGAAGCCAUGAACAAGCCAGGCCAUCUUAGGCUAUUUGUGACAAGGAUCAUGCAGGAAUUUGAAAGUGACACAUUUUUUCCAGAAAUUGAUUUGGAAAAAUAUAAACUUAUCCCAGAAUAUCCAGGUGUUCCUUCUGAUGUCCAGGAGGAGAAAGGCAUUAAGUACAAAUUUGAAGUAUAUGAAAAGAACAAUUAAUGUGAAAGUGUUUUCUGAUCUAUUUCAAGCCUCCUCCUCCACCCCCAAAAAUUAUGUAUUUUUUGUUGUAGAGACUUUUGUUGACUUUAGAUCUAUGGAUAAUUAUUUCUAAGCAAAGCACUUUUAUUCCCCAUUAACCUUAACUAGACUGUAUCAGAUACCAUUUGUGAAACAUUUCUUGCUGUAACUUCCUGAAUGCCCAUCAAGAGUCAAGAAUAGGUGACCAGCACCUGCCUAGUGUAGAAUAUCUACCAAGACAGCCCAAAGUGGGAGAGUGCCCUGGUAGCAUGAGUUGAAACCAGAGCCUAUAGAGCUAGGAGCUAGGCAGGUGGGUCCAAAGGUCAGAAAUGGAUUAUAAACAGAAGAGCUAGCAUUCAGUUGCUUAAAUUAGAUCAAAAGAGGGACUGUGAAUUACUUUAUAUCACACUUCUGAAAAAAAUUCUCUUCAUUCAGACCGGGAGCCAAUAAGUUGAAAUCCACAGGGAUAGUAAAGAGGCAGGUACGAGACUACCUUUUCGGUGGUUAAAGGAGAAAGUUUGAGACCUUAAAAAACUUUGUUUCUGAUCUUCAGUGAGACUGCAUGGGAUGUUACAAUGAUACAACAAGAAUUGGCAGCCCUUUACAGAAAAGAAUAAUCUAAUAUCAAACAUAAUGGCUAAAAUUAAAAAUUCAAAGAGGUAAUAAAUUGAGAAUGAAUAUUGCUAGAAACCAAAAUUAGUAAGUUAGAAACUAAACUUCACAGAAUUAAAAAAUGAAAAUUAAAACAUGUUUUACCCAUCACGUUAGCAAAGAUUUAGAUUAAAUAUCCAAAAAAAA